AAUGUGACACUUCCACUCGAUUUAACACCAACAUCAUUCAUGCACUUCAACGUUUGACUGAUCCUUCUUUCAAUAAAAAAACCGAACCUCUUCAUUUCCCUUUGUUCCAUCCAAACACUGAGUGAGAGCUUCACCUUCCACUAUCAGCGAUGGUGGCUUCUUCUUCUUCUUCUGUGGCUGGGCCAAUCCUCCUUGCUUCACAGAAUGGUUACAAGGUGUGGGAGGACCCUUCUUUCAUCAAAUGGAGAAAAAGGGACCCACAUGUUUCCUUGCAUUGCCAUGAAUCUGUUGAAGGAUCUCUUAAAUUUUGGUAUCAACGCAACAAAGUGGAUUUUCUGGUUUCCCAGUCUGCUGUUUGGAAUGAUGAUGCUGUUAAUGGAGCUCUUGAUAGUGCUGCAUUUUGGGUCAAAGACUUGCCUUUUGUUAAGUCCUUGUCUGGAUAUUGGAAAUUUUUCCUUGCUUCCAAUCCCAACAAUGUCCCUACUGAGUUUUAUGAAAGUGAGUUCCAUGAUUCAGAGUGGAGUGCUUUGCCCGUUCCUUCAAAUUGGCAGCUGCAUGGAUUUGACCGUCCUAUAUAUACAAACACAGAGUAUCCAUUUCCAUUAGAUCCUCCAUCGGUUCCUGAGGAAAAUCCCACUGGCUGUUACAGAAUGGACUUCCACCUUCCUAAAGAAUGGGAGGGCAGAAGAAUUUUACUGCACUUUGAAGCUGUUGAUUCUGCCUUUUGCGCUUGGAUAAACGGACAUCCUAUAGGAUAUAGCCAAGACAGCAGGCUACCUGCAGAGUUUGAAAUCACUGAUUUUUGUCAUCCAUGUGGUUCAGACCUGAAGAAUGUUCUAGCAGUUCAAGUAUUUAGAUGGAGUGAUGGAUCAUACCUUGAAGAUCAGGACCAUUGGUGGCUAUCUGGUAUCCACCGUGACGUUCUUCUUCUAGCAAAGCCAAAGGUAUUUAUCACCGACUAUUUUUUCAAAUCAAACCUGGCUGAAGAUUUUUCUAAUGCGGAGAUACUGGUUGAAGUAACAAUAGAUAACUCAAAAGAAACUUCCAAGGAUAGUGUUCUUACAAACUACACCAUAGAAGCAGCACUAUUUGAUUCUGGAACCUGGAACACCUCUGAUGGGAACCCUGAUCUCCUUUCAUCUAAUGUAACAAACAUAAAGUUCCAACCAUCGACUGCGCCAUUAGGGUUUCAUGGUUAUAUGCUUGUGGGAAAACUGCAAUCACCGAAGCUUUGGUCUGCAGAGCAACCAUACCUCUAUACCCUAGUUGUCACCCUAAAAGAUCAAACUGGCCGUGUUGUUGACUGUGAAUCAUGUCCUGUAGGCUUUAGAAAAGUAUCUAAAGCCUACAAACAGCUGCUGGUUAAUGGACAUGCUGUUGUAAUCAGAGGUGUGAACCGGCAUGAACAUCAUCCACAAGUGGGGAAGACAAACAUUGAGUCCUGCAUGGUCAAGGACUUGGUCUUAAUGAAACAAAACAAUAUUAAUGCUGUGAGGAACAGCCAUUAUCCCCAACAUCCACGUUGGUAUGAGCUAUGUGAUCUAUUUGGCAUGUACAUGAUAGAUGAAGCCAAUAUUGAGACACAUGGUUUUUAUGAUUGUAAAUAUUUCAAGCAUCCCACUUUGGAACCAAGUUGGGCUACUGCAAUGCUGGAUCGUGUGAUUGGCAUGGUUGAGAGGGAUAAAAAUCACACAUGCAUUAUUUCAUGGUCUUUAGGGAAUGAAUCUGAAUUUGGAACAAAUCAUUUUGCUUUAGCUGGUUGGAUUCGAGGAAGAGAUUCAACACGGGUAUUACAUUAUGAAGGAGGUGGAUCCAGAACACCAUGCACCGAUAUUGUGUGCCCCAUGUAUAUGCGUGUUUGGGACAUAUUGAAAAUUGCCGAUGAUCCUACUGAAACACGACCUCUAAUUCUAUGCGAGUAUUCACAUGCAAUGGGAAACAGCAAUGGGAACCUACAUAUAUAUUGGGAAGCAAUAGACAAAACAUUUGGACUCCAAGGAGGCUUUAUUUGGGAUUGGGUUGAUCAGGGUCUGUGGAAGGUUGGUGCAGAUGGUAAAAAGCAUUGGGCAUAUGGAGGUGACUUCGGGGAUAUUCCCAAUGACUUGAAUUUCUGCUUGAAUGGCCUCAUAUGGCCUGAUCGAACUCCUCAUCCUGUUUUACAUGAAGUCAAGCACCUAUACCAACCAAUUAAGGUGACUUUAAAUGAAGGAAAAUUGGAGAUAAAGAACACUCAUUUUUUCCAAACAACAGAAGGAUUAGAGUUCAGCUGGUAUGUUUCUGCAGUUGGAUGCAACCUUGGAUCUGGUAUCUUAAGUCUUGCCCCAAUAAAGCCCCAGAGCAGUUAUGUUGUCGAUUGGCAAUCAGGUCCAUGGUAUUCUCUGUGGGCUUCAUCGUCAUCAGAAGAAGUAUUCCUGUCUAUAUCUGCUAAACUUUUGAACACUACACGCUGGGUUGAAGCUGGUCAUAUUGUUUCAACUGCUCAAAUUCAGCUGCCUUCUAGGAGAGAAAUUUUUCCACAUGCUAUCAAUAUUAGUGGUGGCACUCUUUUGGCUCAAACUCUAGGAGAUACAAUCAAAGUCAGCCAGCUAGAUGAUUGGGACUUAACAUUGAACACUAAAACCGGUUUAAUUGAAAGCUGGAAGGUAAAAGGAAUACCUGUUAUGAACAAAGGUAUACUUCCAUCUUUCUGGCGAGCUCCUACAGACAAUGAUAAAGGUGGAGAAGCUGCUAGUUAUCUGUCUAGGUGGAAAGCUGCUGGAAUGGACACCCUCCACUUCAUUACCGAGAGUUGUUCUGUACAGAAUAUUACACAGAACAUGGUUAAAGUGAGGGUGGUUUUUCUUGGUGUUACCAAGGAUGAGUCGAAGGUUUUAUUUACAACAGAUAUGACAUAUACAAUUUAUGCUUCUGGGGAUGUCAUAAUGGAAUGCAAUGUGAAACCAAACCCUGAUCUUCCUCCUUUGCCGCGUGUGGGAAUUGAAGUGAAGGUGGAAAAACCAUUGGAUCAAGUAACUUGGUAUGGAAGAGGUCCAUUUGAGUGUUAUCCCGAUCGAAAGGCCGCUGCUGAGGUUGCUGUCUAUGAGAAGAAUGUUAAUGACUUGCAUGUUCCUUAUAUUGUUCCUGGGGAAUGUUCAGGUAGGGCGGAUGUUAGAUGGGCAACAUUCCGAGACAAAUCUGGUUUUGGAAUAUAUGCUUCUAAGUAUGGUAGCUCUCCACCCAUGCAAAUGAGUGCAAGCUACUAUAGCACUUCUGAACUUGAGCGGGCCACACACAAUCAAGAUCUGAUUGAAGGAGACAGCAUUGAGAUUCAUCUGGAUCACAAGCACAUGGGGUUGGGUGGAGAUGAUAGUUGGUCCCCAUGUGUCCAUGAGCAGUAUUUGAUUCCUCCUGUGCCAUACUCAUUCUCUGUUAGGUUGUGUCCUGUAAUUCCAUCCACUUCUGGUCAUGACAUCUACAGAUCUCAGCUUCUAAACUCUUGAUUUCUUGCAUUAAGAAACAUCGCGAAAGAAGACCGAAGACGCCUAUGAAGGACUGAAUAAAUUUCGAAGCUGUUGAAGUUGAUGUAGGAAAAAUACAUUUUGACGCAAUCAUUUUAGGUGGUGCUUGGUGGUACCUUGAUGUAAUUUGAGGGUGGAUAAUUUCAGUACACUUGUUCCAUUUCACAUCUUGGUUAAUAAAUGUGCUGCAACUGUGAUGUGAGUAA